CCCAUCCCCCGGUAACGGUCGCUGGUGAGUUUAAAUGAGCCGGGGCUGGCCGGGCCGGAGUCGCUACGGGGGGGGCCUGAGGCACUUGCAGAAAGUGGGCCUGAGCCUCAAGGAUGACGGUGCUGCAGGAACCUGUCCAGGCUGCUAUAUGGCAAGCACUAAACCACUAUGCUUACCGAGACGCAGUUUUCCUCGCAGAACGACUGUAUGCAGAAGUACAUUCAGAAGAAGCCUUGUUUUUACUGGCAACCUGCUACUACCGCUCAGGAAAGGCAUAUAAAGCAUAUAGACUCUUGAAAGGACACAGUUGUACCACCCCACAGUGUAAAUACCUGCUUGCAAAAUGUUGUGUUGACCUUAGCAAGCUUGCAGAAGGGGAACAAAUCUUAUCUGGUGGAGUGUUUAAUAAGCAAAAAAGCCAUGAUGAUAUUGUCACCGAGUUUGGUGAUUCAGCUUGCUUUACUCUUUCAUUGUUGGGACAUGUAUAUUGCAAGACAGAUCGGCUUGCCAAAGGAUCAGAAUGUUACCAAAAGAGCCUUAGUUUAAAUCCUUUUCUCUGGUCUCCCUUUGAAUCAUUAUGUGAAAUAGGUGAAAAGCCAGAUCCAGACCAAACAUUUAAAUUAACGUCUAUACAGAAUUUUAGCAGCUGUCUGCCCAACACUUGUACAACUCUACUAUCUAAUCACAGUUUAUCUCACAGACAGCCUGAGACAGUUCUUACAGAAACACCCCAGGAUACAAUUGAAUUAAACAGAUUGAACUUAGAAUCUUCCAAUUCAAAGUACUCCUUGAAUACAGAUUCCUCCAUGUCUUACAUUGAUUCAGCUGUAAUUUCACCAGAUAACAUCCCUCUCGGAACGGGUUCUUCUAUAUUAUCUAAACAGGUUCAAAAUAAACCAAAAACUGGUCGAAGUUUAUUAGGAGGACCAACUGCUCUUAGCCCAUUAACCCCAAGUUUUGGGAUUUUGCCAUUAGAAACCCCAAGUCCUGGAGAUGGAUCCUAUUUACAAAACUACACUAAUACACCUUCUGUAAUUGACGUGCCAUCCACCGGAGCCCCUACAAAAAAGACUUUUUGUGUUUUACAGUCUGUUGCCAGAAUGGGCCAAACUGGAACAAAGUCUGUCUUCUCACAGAGUGGAAAUAGUCGAGAGGUCACUCCAGUUCUUGUCGCACAAACACAAAGCUCUGGCCCACAAACAAGUACAACACCUCAGGUAUUGAGCCCCACUAUCACAUCUCCCCCAAACGCAUUGCCUCGAAGAAGUUCCCGCCUUUUCACUAGUGACAGUUCUACAACCAAGGAGAAUAGCAAAAAGUUAAAAAUGAAGUUUCCACCUAAAAUCCCAAACAGGAAAACUAAAACUAAAACUAAUAAAGGAGGAAUAACUCAACCCAACAUAAAUGAUAGUCUGGAAAUUACAAAAUUGGACUCUUCUAUCAUUUCAGAAGGAAAAAUAUCCACAAUUACACCUCAGAUCCAGGCAUUUAACCUACAAAAGGCAGCAGCAGAAGGUUUGAUGAGCCUUCUUCGUGAAAUGGGAAAAGGUUAUUUAGCUUUGUGUUCAUACAACUGCAAAGAAGCUAUAAAUAUUUUGAGCCACUUACCUUCUCACCACUACAGUACUGGUUGGGUAUUGUGCCAAAUUGGACGAGCUUAUUUUGAACUUUCAGAAUACAUGCAGGCUGAAAGAAUAUUCUCAGAAGUUAGAAGGAUUGAGAAUUACAGAGUUGAAGGCAUGGAGAUCUACUCGACAACACUUUGGCAUCUUCAGAAAGAUGUUGCUCUUUCAGUUCUUUCAAAAGACUUAACAGACAUGGAUAAGAAUUCACCAGAGGCCUGGUGUGCUGCGGGGAAUUGUUUCAGUCUGCAACGGGAACAUGAUAUUGCAAUUAAAUUCUUCCAAAGAGCUAUUCAGGUUGAUCCCAAUUAUGCUUAUGCCUAUACCCUAUUAGGACAUGAGUUUGUGUUAACUGAAGAACUAGACAAAGCAUUAGCAUGUUUUCGAAAUGCUAUAAGAGUAAAUCCCAGACAUUAUAAUGCAUGGUAUGGUUUAGGAAUGAUUUAUUACAAGCAAGAGAAAUUCAGCCUCGCAGAAAUGCAUUUUCAGAAAGCGCUUGACAUCAACCCUCAGAGCUCAGUGUUACUGUGCCACAUUGGAGUGGUUCAGCAUGCGCUCAAAAAAUCUGAGAAGGCUUUGGAUACCCUUAACAAAGCCAUUGUUAUUGAUCCUAAGAACCCUCUAUGCAAAUUUCACAGAGCCUCAGUUUUGUUUGCAAAUGAAAAAUACAAGUCUGCUUUACAAGAACUUGAAGAAUUGAAACAGAUUGUCCCCAAAGAAUCCCUUGUUUACUUCUUAAUAGGAAAGGUUUACAAGAAGUUGGGUCAAACUCAUCUCGCCUUGAUGAAUUUCUCUUGGGCUAUGGAUUUAGAUCCUAAAGGAGCCAAUAAUCAGAUUAAAGAGGCGAUUGAUAAACGCUACCUUCCAGAUGAUGAGGAACCAAUAACCCAAGAGGAACAGAUCAUGGGAACAGAUGAAUCCCAAGAGAGCAGCAUGACAGAUGCAGACGACACACAACUUCAUGCAGCGGAGAGUGACGAAUUUUAACCUCUGGAAAUGAGACUUUGACAGUUGGAUGUGUGGCUAGUGCUGACAUGUUUCUUGUCCCUCCAUAUACUGAGUCGUAACUCUUGAGCCGGCAUUGUCCUCAUUCAUCACUUAGACCAUGAGUGUGCCACUCUCAUUGGACCUGACUGUACACAGAAUGAAAGGCAUUGCAAUAUAUAGCUGCUAAUAAGACUGGCUCUUUUACCAGUAUAAAUGACAAUUUGGGGGGAAGGGUGGGAAACUUUUCUUUUUUUUUUCUUUAAUCUCCUUAGUUGGAAAGCUAUCAUGGAAGGAAGAGUUAUGUUUUAUCUUGAAGGAACCAUUAGAUAUGGAAAUAGUGAUGAACCAGAAUUUCUUGGUCAUUUUCCCAAAAUUCUGUUUUUUAUUUGGUUCUUUUCCUGAUAAACAGAGUGACUGACCUUCAUUUCUAGGUUCUUCAAGAAUGGUGUUAGCAAGUGCCAGAUGGAACAAUAAAAGACAUUGCCUAUAACAGAGUAAAGUUCAUUGCCAAGGAACAUAGCUUACUUUAAGCUUGGAGUGUCUCUUAUAAGCAAAUGGAAUGGGCCUAUUGGGACUCUGUGUAGGAGUCGAAUACCCUCCAUACAGUGUACACUUAUUCUUGGCAAGAAUGCUUUAAUGUCUAACCAAGAAUUUUAAUUUAUUCAUCUUGCUUCAAAGUGUUGAUCAUUGUUGUCUUGGUAUUGCAAACUUUAAAAUUGGUCUUUACAAUACUGCCUCUUCUCUUUGAGCUCUGUGGGAUCGCCUUUAACAUUGACAGAUGAUAGAGUGGUUCCCCGUGAAAAGCCAAAACCAGGCCAUUAAUAACCACUUAUGUUUACCAGAAGAAUCAGUAUGAGAACACUAUAGAGACUUUGGAGAUCAUGAUAGAGAAGCCUUAAUCUAGUUGGAAUUGUACCUAACCGUGAGUCCUACAUCUUUUCUAGGAGUGAAAGUAGAGUGCAAGAAUGUAUGGUUACUUUUGUUGAAGUCAAUUCCAUUCUUUUCAGCUCUCCGCUUCAUAUUGCUGUCAGUAGAGUGAGUCACCAAAACUUGUACUGAGCGUAAUUAAUUGGGUAUAAAAUACUGAAAAUUUUUAGCUUAGGGAAAAGUUUCUUAUGAAAGAGACAGAUUCUCUUCUGAGUUCAUCAUAAUAUGGGUUGGAAUGUUUGGGGAAUGGCCACAAUUUUAAAGAUCUAAUUAUGCAUAUAAAAUGGGAAUUAUUGGAAUUUCACAGUAACAGAUUUAAACACUCUUAAAUUGUGUAUCUUCUUUAUUGUAAUGUAUUGAAAAUUUUAGAGAAACUUUAGUUAACAUUUUAUUAAGUGCCAAUGUCAGAAUAUAACAAAUUAUAAUUUCUUAUAAGUUACAGGCCUACAGUUACUAUUUUGAAUUAUUUGAUGAAGGAAAAACGUACCCUCUGGUUACUUGUAUUUGUUAGUCAACCUGUGAAAACAAGGUGGAUUACAAAAGAUGUGAAAAAAAAUGUUUUAGCCCGUAGAUUUGGUCAUUUUCUGUCCGUUACUUAAUCUUAAUCUUCUCAUCCGAUGUGAAUUAGAUACCAUUACAAAUUCAAGUCAGUCUUGGGUUAGGUAUUAGGUGCCAGAGAAGGAUUUAAGAUAAUUUCCUGUCUAAAUCUAGGUAUGUGUGCAGUGUAAAAAGAAGUAAUUUAUGAGGAAGAGGAAAGUUGGGAAUAAAUGAAUAUCAUUAAAAAUUCCCAUAGACUAGCACUUCGAUUCUAACAGAGUCCAUUAUAUUAUUCAUUAGUUAUGUGAAGUUUAAUUUUCUUUUAUUUUUUUUAAUUGGCAAAUCAGAAGCCAGCUACAUACAUGUAUAUUACAUUAUCAUAUCUGGAGUUUCUUAGAGAGCUGUGCUGAGUUCUGUGGCAGACCUAAAGAAAGCUAAGCUCAGAACAUAAUUGACUGAAGUGUAAUUACCUUUUGGGUUUUUUGUUUGUUUCUUUGUUUUGUUUUUGUUUUUUUGUUUUUUAAGUAGGAAUUUAAUCCUGUGCCAGAGGGACUUUCUGGUACUGAUUUUAAGACAAAGGAUAGAGGGAUAGUUGUGGCAGUGGCUGGCUGAGAGACACUCACAGACACUCGGCCUGCUUUCGUGUUUUCCUCACACCUGCUUUUAACAUCAGUUAGAUAUUGAAGCCUUAUUUCCACAUAGUAACUGUUUCCUAGUUUCUUUCUCUUUUUUUUCUGUCUUUUUUUCUUUUUUUCAUUUUACAGAAUAGGGAUCAAACAAACAAACACAUUUUGUAAGUCAAAUGUUUGUUUCAAAUUUGAGAUGUUGCUUUGAAGGAAAUUAAGAAUACUAAGUACUUCGCUUUUUUUCACACCUAUACAUACGUAUACAUAUAUAAAUAUACACACUCACACAAAAGUCUAUUAGAGCAUUGAAUGUCUUUUUUCUCGUGGAAAUGGUUAUUACACCAGGAUUUUAGAAGGUUAGAAUAUUUUUUCAGAAGAACAGAUGCUACUCAAAAUAAUGAAAGGAAGUCUCUUAACUUUUUCUGUAUUUCAUUACUUAAUAUUUUUUUAUUUUAUCCAAGAACUGCAAGUAACAUUUGAACCAUGCUGCUGUUGUACCUUAAACAAAAACUCAGUGAUAACCAGUGUUUAGUCUAUUAAAAACACUCUUUUUGAAGAAACCAGUUUCUAAGUCUCUGAUUAGCCAGAGUACAGUUAUGGGUCUUCACUGAGAAAAAUGGUGGCCCAUUUUCUUUGGGAAAAUGCAAGUGUGGGUGUGAUAUGUGUGUUCUAUUUGCAUUGAAACAAUGUACUUUUGUGUCUUCUUUUUGCUUUUCCUGACUUAUUUCAGAAAUUGUAUAGUCUUUGGGGGGAAAGUCUUUUCUGUUAAUAUAUUUACAGUUCAUUAAAGGAUAUGGAAAAUCCAAAUAAAUUACUUUUGAAAGCAGUUUACAAUCAAGGUAUUAAAGCUAUGUAAAAGCUGUGUCAUCUUCAUUUUUAUACUGAGUCACAGCAGCAUAGUGAUGAAAGAUCACAUUUUAUGUUCUACAAGAGCCUAGGACAAUGUUUCUCUAAUUUUUACUUAUACUUUUUAAUAUAUAUAUUAAAGUUCAUACCCUUUUUAGUAUUAUUUGAAAUUUCAAAAUAAAUAUUAUGACAAAAAAGUGGUAAUUUUUAGAAUAUAUUAUUUUCAAACUGUCAGCAGCUGCAACUUUGCAGGUCAACUAGUUAAACAGCUCAUUCUUUGAUGUCAUUUCUGAAGUUCCUUCGGGACACAGAGCCUUUGUGUUAUCAUUUAAGAUCUGAAGCUAGGCAUGGUGGCUCACAUCUGUAAUCCCAGUGCUUGGAAAAUUGAGGCAGGAGAUUUGCCUCAAAUUACAGAGUAAGACUUUGUCUCAAACUUUAAGGGGUGGGGGGAAUUAAUUGGGGAACAGUUUAUUUGUAAAGUUGAAACAUCAUGUAAAAUGCUGGGAAGGUACCACGUGACUGUAUUCCAGCACUGGGAAGCAGAGAUGGAAGGAUCUCUGGGGCUACCUGGCCAGCCAGUCGGUCUAACCAAUUCAGUGAGCUCCAGUUUCAAAGAGGAGGAACCUCCAAAAAGGAGCUGAGUGAUUGAAGAUGCAUGCUGGUGUUGACUUCUGGCCUCCACAGUCACGCACACAUGUGCAUAUGUACAGCCACUACAGAAAUCAGGGGCUGCGCUCAAGAACUCGGUGCUGGAGCACCUGUCCAACAUUCAGAAAGCUCCCAAGUUCAGUGUCAGUACUGCCAAUAAAGAGGCGAGGGCGUUUGCCUACAUACAGGGGUUGAGUCCCCAGCACUGGGGUCAUGAUAGCACAUACCUGUUAGCUCAGCACUCAGGAGCUAGAGGCAUGAAGAUCAGAAAUUGGAGAUCGUCCUUAGCUACAAAGUGAGUAUUGUCUGUAAACGAACGUGAAAAUUAAGAUCUGGAAAAAGUAAAAUACACAAAAUUCAGUUUUGCACUAGUUUGCAAGCCUUGUAUUCAAGUUAUCUGGAAGAAAGGGAAAACAGAAAGGUCUUUUCAGAUUUGGAGGAAGAACAGCAACACAAGGUACAUAGGCUGAGAGCUGAGCAGAUCCAAGGGAGUUGACAUGUUCCAGGGAACAUGUCACUGUCAUCCAGUGAGAAACAGUAAACGUACUACCUCUUGGUUUAGAAAAAAAUUAUUUUCUUGGAAACAGAUUUCACCAACAGCCUGGAGCUAACUUCUGGGUUCAAGCUAAGUCUGCAGUUGUGUGCCACCUUAACAGAUCUCUUUUGUUGUUGUUUGUUGUUUUAUAAAGACUUAUUUGUGAGCUAGGCGUGAUGCAGAGCACCUUUUCUCCCAGCACCCAGGAGACAGAGACAGGAAAACUCUGUGAUUUCAAGGCCAGCCUGGUUCACAUAGAGAGCUCCAGGACAGCCAGGGCUACAUAGAGAGACCUUCUCUCAAAAAAUUAAUAUGUAUAUAUUUGCUUAUAUGUGAAAUUAGGUGUCCUCAGAAGCCAGGGGAUGUUGGAUUACCCUGGAAUUCCAGUUCCAGGAAGUUGUUGAACUGCCAGGUAUGGGUGCAGGGAACCAAAGCCAGGCCCUAAAAGAGCAAAAUGCGGUUAGUGGCUGAGCCAUCUCUUCAGGCCACAAGUAGAUCUUUUUAGUUUUACACUUCAUGUACCAGGCUGGCUCAGGUGCUGAGAAGUCUGUCUUCACCUACAGGUGUGCUGGGAUUACAGAAGCUUAGACCAAGUAUCUGGCCUUUAAGUGGAUGCUGGAGAUUCAAACUCAAGUCUAACUUAGCCCAGGCUGACCUUGGACUGUGUAGCCCAUCAGCCCUGAACUUGUGAUCCUCCUCUCUCAACUUCCCAAGUAGCUUGGAUAUAUAGGCCUUCAUAACCAUGUGUUUUGCUUGGUUGCCUAUUUUUGUUUUUUUCUGUUUGGGUUUUUUGAGACCACAUCUGCUAUGCAGCCCAGGCUGGCCUCAAACUCAGUGUUCCUCCUACUUCAGCUUCCCAAGUGCUGGAAUUAAUAGAGAUACAGUACUUAAUCUGGAGCCAUAUUUUUUGUUUUUUGAGACGGGGUCUCCCUGUGUAGCCUUGGCUGUCCUAGACUCGCUUUGUAGACCAGGCUGGCCUCUUCCAAUAGAGUGCUGGAAUUACAGACAUGCACCAUUGUGCCCAGCUAUAUUUCUGUGUGUGUUUGCGUACACACAGAUGUACCUGUCAUAGCAUGUGUGUGGAGGCCAGAGGACAGCAUAUUGGAGUCUGUUCUCCAUCUGUAUACACCGCAUGGAUGGAAUUCAGAUCAUGAGGCUUGGCAGCAGGUGCAUUUUCUCUGCUGGCCCAUCUUCACAGCCUUGGAACCCGGUAUUUUCUGAAGAUACUACUAUAUAAGAAUAUAGGUCUAAACCGCCCCAGCUGACUGAUCUUGAGUAGUUAACUUUAAUAAAAUAACCUUUUUCUCAUUGGUACAGAGAGAGAAAACCUGCCUUUAGCAACCUGACAAGACUUUUCUUUUGAGAAGAGCGUAGAUGUCCCGUCUCAGUAGUGCUUAGUAAAGUGAAAGCAAACUGCAAUGCUCUGUGGCAUUAAUCAAUGGAGAACAGUGAACUUUGGAUCGCAGCAGUUGUCAACUGCUGCCAGUUUUACUCUUUUGUUUGCAAACUUUCUACAGCUGUUUUUUUCAGUGAUGUUGAAUCCUUGCAUACAACCUGUAUACUGCAUACUUUUAAUGGUUAUUGUGAGAAUUGUGGGGUUUAGUAUUUGUUGUCUGAGAGUGUUUUUUUAAUUUGGCUUUUCAAGACAGGGUUUCUCUGUGUAGCCUUGGCUGUCCUGGAACUUGCUUUGUAGACUGUGCUGGCCUUGAACUCAGAGAUCUGCCUGCUUCUGCCUCCUAAGCACUGGGAUUAAAGGUGUGUGCCACUGCAUCCAGCAAUUGUCAUUAUUUUAUGUGUAUGGGUGUUUUGCUUGCAUAUAUGUCUGCCCACCAGGUACAUGUCUGGCUCCACUGGAGUUCAGAAAAAGGUAUCAGAUCCCCUAGAACUGGAAUUCCACAAAUGGCCAUGAGCUGAGUGCCUGGAAAUUAACCACAGAUUCUCUGCAAGAGCAGCCAGUGCUCCUAACCUCUGAGCUCUUUCCAGCCCCUGUUUUGUUUUAAGACAAGAUCUAAUGGAGGUCAAGUUGCUGAUCUCUGCAUUCACCUCCCAAGUGCUGGAUUACAAUUGUGUCCUUCCAUUUUUGAUAUUUAUGACAAUGCUUUUUUAGAAGUUUUGUAACCCUAAUCUAGCACUUACAGCUGGAUUGGCAUAACCUCUUCAAGACACCUAAAGAACACGGAUGAAGUACUUUUUGUUCAGUUCUUUGUCAGUCGGGGCAUCUCUGAGCAAGGAAACGUAUAAGGCAACACUUGCUCUUGGUUUCUUUUGUAUUACGUGUCUGUAUGUUUGUAUUACAUGUGUAUAUGCCAUGUGAGUGCAGUGUGAACAGAGGCCACAGCGGGGUGUUAGAUCUCGUGGAGCUGGAAGUCAGGCAGUUGUGUGCCACCCGACAUGAGUACUGGCAAGUGGGUUCAGGCCUUCUGCCAGAGCAGCUAGCCCUCUGAUGAGCCAUCUCUGCAGAACCCAGUUUUAAUUUUCUCUUUCAGCUGGAUGCCCUGUAGUGAGUGUCCGUAACACUCACUUCCACGUCAGCUGUCCGUCAGAACCAUUGGGCAUCUCCUUUCUUUUGGAAAUGUAGUUUCCAUCAUGACUCAGUCCUGAAAUGCAUCUGUAUUUAGAGAGAGAGACAGAAGCAUGUUGGUUGCCAACAACAUGGCUCAGCAGGUAAAAGAGCCUACCAUCAAGCCCACAACCUGAGUUCAAGACCCGGGUCCGAUGGAGAGAAUCAGUUCCUGCAGGUUACCCUCUGGCUGCCAUGUGUGUGCCCAUACACAGAUACACAAGCAAAUAAUAAACUACUAAGUAAAUGUAAUUGCAUUCUUUUAAGGUUUUAUUUAUUUUUACGUGUAUGGGUAUUUUGCCUGCAUGAGCACCACAUGCAAUCUUGAUACCCUUGUAUGCCAGAAGAGGCCAUCAAAUCUGCAUCUGGACAACAGUUUUGAGCUGCCAUGUGAGUUCUAAGAAUUGAAUCUGGGUCCUCAAGAAGAGCAUCCAGUAGUCACUAAACCAUCUCUACAGGCAGUUAUAUUCUUUAAAAAAGAAGGGAGGGAAGAAAGAAAAGAAAGAAGAAAAGCAUGUUAGGAGCCAGAGAGAUGGCCCAAUGGUAAAAGCAUCUGCUGCCGAGGCUGACAGCCUGAGUUCAAUCCCAGGACUGCAUGGUGGAAGGAGAGACGUGGGUGUUGGAAUUCUGGCCUUUGGUCUCCACUUGGCCGUGCCCAUCCUUCCUCACACACUAAUUUUUUUUUCCCCUCUUUGUAGCGUUGCCUGUCCUCAAACUCAUUCUGGAGACCAGGAUGUCCUCAAACUCAAAGAGAUCCACCACCUCUACCUCCUGAGUGCUGGAUUUAAAAGCAUGUUAAGACCUUUGGGGCUAGAAAAUAAUAGCAGUAAGCUGGUUAUGACUGCCUCCAAUAAGUCACAAACUGUAACAGAGCAAAACAUUAACCUGCAGUGGAAGGGGAUCAAAGAGAGUAGUAAUGCAGGGCACUAUUGACUGAAAUACAUUGUAUAUGUGUAUGGAAUUGUUAAAGAAUAAUAAAGUUAAGAUCAGAAUCAAAUGAAAACUAUACAGUACUUACACUAGCCACUAAAAUUUCAGUCAUCUGUCAGUAGAGGAAAACAGUUCCAGCAGGCUGGCCUGUGUGUGUAUGGGGCCAAGGGUACAGAAGUCCCAUGGAACACAGCAGAAUGGAGAAGAGAGCUUGAAGAAAGAACAGAGUCUUUGGGCUUGGGGAGUGGAUGGAAACCCCAAAGGCAGAAGUUAGAGCAGAGUGGAUUUCGUUGUCCUUAAGCCUUGGCUCCAGGGAAGGGGCCUUAAAAAUACAUGGGAUUGGAAGUGUGUUGGGGGCAGAAGCAAUUCCAAGAAGGGGAAAUGGGGGAAGGACUCCAGAAGACGGAAGAGGCAUGUCUUCUCCCUUCCCACCUCACUCAAAAUCCUUAAAUUGGGAUAGGCUUCCAGGAAAAGGCUUGGCCCAUAUUAGAAGUGAAUUUUCCUAGCUCAAAGCUCUGGAUUAAAGGUAUGUCUUACCUUUAAUCAAGAUUCAGAUUAAAGGUCUUUUCCUACCUCAAAGAUCAGGACUAGGAGUAGAUCUUCACUUCAUAGGAAAAGAAAUUCCCCACAAGUGUGCACCACCAUUUUGAUGUUUUUGUUCCAAACGUAGUCAAGUUGGCAGCCAAGAAUAGCCAACGUGACAACGCUAGCUGUGAGUUGGCUCAGCAAGUAAAGGCGAUUGCUGCCGGAUCUGAUGGCCUAAGCUCCACAUGGGGGAGAAGAGAACUGACUUGUCCACCUGUAUGUCCAUAUACACAGAUACAUACAUACAGUCAAAAGUUUUAAAUUGGUUAGUUUAAGCAAUAGCUAAGUUGGGAUACUACCAUGGGGUAAUUUAAAGUAAGGCCUUCAUUCACAUAGAACUACUGCAGACAAGCCCUGGUGGUGGGACGUUGCUGAGACUUGAGAGGUGGAGGCAGGAGGAUCAAGAGUUCAAGGUCAUGUUCACUGUCAGUAAUUUCCAGGCCAGCAGCGGCUCUACAGGGCCCUGUCUCAAAAAGAAAAAAAAAAAAAAAAAAAAAGAAAGAAA